AUGGGUGAUACAAAGGGCAACGGCGUGCUUCCCCCUUUUCUUUCCGACAACGGCUUGAUCAAUUUGUUCCGUAACACAUAUACAGCUUUCUCAAAGCGAAGGGAAGCUUUGGGUCUCUCGAAUCCAGGACCAUUUGAUAAAAUAAAGCGAGAGGUCGACACCGACGUUUUUCUCACCAAGUUCAUGUUCACAGGCCUCAAAGGGGAGCUUAACAAACCUUUGAGCAUAUCACCCCUAUUUCAGUUCUCACAUGCAUUUGCUUUGGGGUCGCAGCAGAACCCUCCGUAUGGAUUUUCUGCCAUAUACGGAACACCUAGCAUGCUAAUGCAAGGCAAUCUUGACAACGAUGGCCAACUAAUGGCCGUACUCAAUAAGAGCUGGACGAAGUCUUUUGUGACCAAGAGCCAGGCAUCGAUGACCCCAGGCCAGGCAAGCGUAGUCCAAUUGGACGGAGAUUAUUCAGGGAAAGAUUUCACGGCGUCUAUCAAAUCAAUGAAUCCAUCUAUCCUUGACGGUGGUCUAAGUGGUGCUUUUGUCGGUGGCUAUCUCCAAUCUGUCACCCCUGGCCUUGCCUUGGGUGCGGAAGCCGUGUGGCAGCGUUUUGGAAUGAACCAAGGCCCAGAAACAAUACUCACUUACUGUGCAAGAUACAAAGGCCAGGAUUGGAUAGGUACCGCCCAAUUAACGGGCCAGGGGAUGUUGAGUACAUCUUACUGGCGAAGAUUAUCGGACAAGGUCGAGGCAGGCACAGAACUCAAUCUUCAAUUCGCACCAGGCUUGGGAGGUGGAGGUCUGAUGGGUGCUGGAGCAAGUAAAGUCGGGACCACUACUGUCGGCGCCAAGUACGAUUUUAGGACCUCGUCCUUCAAAGCUCAACUUGAUAGUACGGGGAAGUUGAGUUGUCUACUGGAGAGAAGAGUACUUCCCCCAGUGCAGAUAUCUUUCGCUGGAGAAAUAGAUCACUUCAAGUCAACGGCAAAGAUUGGAAUGGCUGUUUCUCUCGAGGUGGCUUCUGAAGCUAUUCAGACCCAGGCAGGACCGAGCGCAUCGGAACCCUCUGUACUGUUCUAA